AUGGCGACUGUAGUUGUUCAGCAGCCUCUUGGCAAGGCUGGGACAGAAGCGUGGAAUUCAGGAAGAUGUGACUGUUGCGAGGACUUGAGUUCUUGCUGCUAUGCAUACUGGUGCUUUCCUUGCUUUACCUGCACCACCACUGGAGAAUUUGGGGAGAGCACCUGUCUGCCUCUGCUUGACAUAUUCGGCCCAGCUCUAAUGGCUGCGUUUGAAAUUGGAGUAUGCGUUCCACCUGUGGGUCUGGCAAUGAGGGUGGCAGUUCGCUACAAGUAUCAAAUCGGGGGCAGUCUGUGUGAGGACAUCAUGGUGUCUUGCUGUUGUAUCUGGUGUUCUUGGUGUCAGAUGAGUAGAGAAAUUAAAGAACGCAAAAAAAAGUCAUCAAAGUAG